UUCGCGCGCUUUACGCGCCAGCUUUGGCCUCUCAGCGGGCAGCGGUGAGGAUGGAGCACAGCGACGAGGAAGCCUUCGAGAAGUACCGCGUCCACCUGCGCCCCGCCACACUGCGCGACCUCGCCCCCGCCACGCUGCAUCUUCUGCCCUGCGAAGUCCCGGUUAACGGGCCCGCCCCCGUGGGGCGCUUCUUCACCCCGGCCAUCCGCCAGGGUCCCGAUGGCCUCCAAGUGUCGUUUAGGGGCCGCAGUCUGCGGGGCGAGGAGGUGGUGGUGCCGCCCGGCCUCAUGGGAUACGUGAUGGUGACGGAAGGGAAGGGAGCAGAGGUGGUGGUGGGGAAGCCGGACCCACCGAAGGGUUCGGAGAACGACGAGCAGCUGGAGGAGCGGGAGCUGGAGGAACCCUGGGAAGCGCUGAGGGCGCUGGAGCGGGACUUCGACCGCUUUAUUGAAGCCACUGCCAGUUUCAGCUGCUUUACCCUGUGGGGCCUGGAGACCAUCCCUGGUCCGGAUGCCAAAGUCCGCGGGGCCCUAACCUGGCCCAGCCUGGCCGCAGCGAUUCACGCACAGGUACCUGAGGACUAAGAAGCAGAGCUUGAAACCGAAAGCCACCGGUCCCUUCACCCCAGUAAAGCAGCUCUUCAUUUGGGAGCCACUGAUUCUACCAUCCCAAUAAAUGAGCUCUUCAUGGCACCU